AUGGGGAAACCCAAGGGACGGGCAAGGAAGAAGAAGUUCGGCAAGCGCGGACCCGAUGGCCGGGCGGUUUCCCAGAAACCGAAGCUGGCGCUGCAACAUGAACUUCCACCCGGCUCUGGUGAUGCGCUCUCCGACGGCGACGAUGGCGCGGAGUUGAUGGAUGUGGAUGCGGAGGAAGAGAAGGCGGCUGCAGACGAGGACGUCAACGACGAGGACUGGUGCGAAGAGGAUCCCAGCGGCGCACACAGCAGUGGUGGAGCGGGGUUGGCACGAACUAUGGGAGCGUGGAUGCAGAGGGCGCGGCGGGAGAAGGAGCAGGAGGACGAGGAGGAGAGCUCCUCUGUCGGUGGCGAGGUUGGUCCAGUAGAGAACCCAGCGGUGGAUUUAGAGGUUGCGCCGCACGCCGGUCCUCCGGGCCGCGGCAGCGUUUGUGCCGACAGCGGACAUUUGGAGGCCAGCAGUAGCUGUAGCAGUGUCGGCGACAUGUCGAUAGCUUCGGGUCAUGGGCUUUUGAUCGAGGAGUUUUGCAGUGGUCAAGAGAUGAGGGACGCCGAGGAAGUGCUGGAGGACAACUGCGAUACCUUAUCGGACGGGAGGGGGAACAAGGCUAUGAUGCCGGAGGAGGUCUGCAAGAAAUCAAAUCUCGUUGCGGCACAGUACAGCAUGAACAAGAACUAUCGCGUCGCCAAAAGGAAGGCGCCGGCGUCGGAGCAGAAGUCAUGGACGAAAACGCAGCUGGAUCGGGCGAGGGGCCGAGCGCGCAAGCACUGGACGAGGCGUAAGGCGGAGCUGAUGCAAACGUACCGCGAUGCCUACGACAAGCUCCAGAAGGUGAGAAUCCAAGAAGGUGUGGCGAAAAUGGACCACAGUAGAGCCGCAGCCGAAGUCGCCAAGGUCGAAUCGAAGGCAGUGCGGCGGUGGGUGAAGGAGUUUUGCAAGGGCGGCGCCUUCGUUGUCCCCAAACGGCAGUACAACAAGCGGGAGCCGCACUCCUUCAUCGAAGACGAGGACAAGCGCAACCACCUGAGGGGGUACAUCGAUCGCAAGCUGUAUCGGCGGAAGAAGGACGAGCCGCGCCUUCGAAUCGCAGACGUGCAAAAGUGGAUCAAUGAAGAGCUUCUGAAGGAUGAACUCGCCGGUACGAAAGGAGUUUCUCGGAGGACGGUGCACAAGUGGAUGCAGAAGCUUGGCUUUCGGUGGUCGAGGCAUCACAAGUGCGUGUACGUCGACGGCCACAACAGACCGGACAUCGUCAACGACCGCCGGGGAUUUGUGGCGUACCUACUGGGCCCGCGCAAGUAG